AUGCAACUUUCAGCUGUCCUCAUCACGGUCCUCAGCUUCACCGCAACCGCCCUGCCCACCAGCAGCCCAGCCACCGUAGAGCGCCGCGACUAUACCUUCUGGUCCACCGUCUCGGAUGAGGGCUUCUACGCCGCGGCAAGUCCCCCAGACUACUACGAGGACCAAAUACUCCAGUUCCAGCCGUCGGGGGCUAAAGGAACCGCCUCGCUCGUCGCCAAGUUCCCCGCCGGCUUUGCCAUUUCUCAAUCGGGUGCUGCCGCCAUCGACAUCUACACGCGCACCUCGGGCGGCUUGGGAACCAAGAUCGGCACUGCUGGGCCGUUGCCUGUGUCUGGUGGAAAGAUCACCACAGCCGUAAAUACCGUCAUCGCCAACUUCGCCGCAACGAGUGAUCUGGUGUUCGAGUUCAGGAUUGCGAGCGAGACUGAGAAUGGGAGUCUCCAGUUCUUUGAGACGGCUGAUGCUGGAUUCUUUGUGCGAACUGAGACUGCUUAA